CUGUUAAAUGAUAUAAAAAUUAAACAAGUGGGAUUGCAUCAUAGACCCUAUUAUCAAAAACAAUUAGUAAAUGUAAAUUACUUAUUAAUCAUUUAAGUGGUGGUUUGUAUUUGGCUGAUAUAGAUUGUGCAUUAAGCUAAGAUUUAUUAUAAUAAUUAUAAGUUGGAGCUUUACUUAGUGUAAUUGAUGAACCUAAAGUAAUCACUUCUCCAAGCAUUAUUCAUUAAGUAAUUAACAUUCCAGAUUGUACUGAAUAAAACAUUUAAGAAUUUUUCCCUAAAACUAAUGAAUUUAUAGAAAGACACAGAUAACAUACUAAUGUUAUGGUUCAUUGUUUUGCUGGUAUAUCCAGAAGUGCUUCUGUUGUUAUUGCUUACAUUAUGCAAAAAUUCAAUUGGGGUUUUUAAAGAACUCUUAAUUCAGUUAUUGCUAGAAGACCACAAGUAAAACCAAAUUCAGGCUUUGUAAAAUAACUCAUCUAAUAUGAAACUUAAAAUAGAAAUAGAUCAUCUUCUUAAUAACACAGAAUUCUUAACACUACAAAUACUGUUAUUGGUAAAACGCCUUUUUAAUCAGAUAGUAAAAAUAAUAAAUACUUUUAACCUUCAAAAUUAGAUUUAAAUCAAUUAGAAAUGGAAAUUGCCAAAAGACAAUAAGACUUAUAAGUUUUAAGAAUUAAAUAUUAGCAACUUAAUGAUAAGAUUAUUAAUAGAAACAGUGUUUAUGUAUCUGCUUUUGAAUGA